UUUGUUCCUGCCUGAUCUUGCUCUGAUAAACAGUUCAGUGCGUGUGGCGCGUGGAAUUUGAUUUACAGAAGAAAUUCACGGCAAAGUGGAUCAUAGCAGAGAGGGCAUCAUAUGUUGAGAUAUAAUCGUAUAUCUUUCAGUUUGAGGAUGUGGAUUUUUACAGCAGUUCUCGGCUGCUGCCUUGGCGUUGUCCGUUCAGUGCCGCUGCCUCGGGUCUGCUACGGUGAGCUUGGCUGCUUCGACUCGCAGCCUCCUUUCAAUAACACGGAGGGAGUCCUGCCGCAGUCCCCAGAGGAAAUACAGACCACGUUCCGGUUGUUUACGUCCACGUGUAGCCCUGUGCCUCGUGUGCUCCACCAGAACUACACCAACUCCAUGUCAGCUUGCGACUUCAACCCGAGCGUGCCCAUGAAAGUGAUCAUACACGGAUUCCUCCAGCAUGGACAGGUGGACUGGAUCGGAGAAAUGACCAGGGCAUUGAUGGCGAAGGAACCGAUGAGCGUUAUAACUGUGGACUGGGGCACUGGUGCUGGGUUCCCGUACUCGCGUGCCGCUGCCAACACGAGGGUUGUGGGCUCUCAGCUGGGGGCGCUGCUGAAAGCGCUGCACGAGAAGCUCGGACUUCAUAUGGACAAUGUUCACAUCAUUGGGCACAGUCUUGGAGCACACAUUGCUGGCUACGUCAGUCAAUUAUGUGAUGCAUGUCGCAAUGUAGGACGAAUUACAGGCCUUGACCCCGCGCAGCCAGCCUUUAAGGACACGCCUAGCGUUGUUCACCUUGACAAACAGGAUGCUCAGUUCGUGGAUGUUAUCCAUACGGACGGCAGUGAGUUCAACUACGUGUCAGGCUACGGCUGGAUCCAGGAGGUCGGUCAUGUUGAUUUUUACCCUAACGGAGGGAUGGAUCAGCCGGGAUGUCCCACUGAGAGUGUGGGUGGAUUCGUGUCGGCAGCUUACAAAGAGGGUCUUAAUGGGGCGGAGGAUGAGCUCAGCUGUAGCCACAGUCGGGCCAUUUUUCUGUUCACGGAGUCCAUAUUGUCGACGUGUGCCUUCUACGGCCACCCUUGCUCCAGCCUUGAGGCACUGGACAUGAACGCGGCGAGCUGCCUCCGCUGUCCCCUCGGGGUGUGUCCCAGGAUGGGAUACCACGCGGACAAGACUCCCAAGGCCAGGGGAAAGUACUUCCUUAGAACAAGAGGAACAACGCCGUACUGUGGCCAGAGUCAACACUUGACAAUCGAGUUUGGCAACAUGCCCAGCACCUCCGGGGUUGUGACUGUUGAGAUGGUUGGUCGCGACCAGAAAACCGAUUCCGUCUCCUUUAACAGUGACACCUACAAUCCGUUCCAGUCCGGGGAACGACGUGACGUAUAUACUGUGGAUCGUGAAAUCCUCGAUGACGUCACUGCAGUGCGCGUAACGUACGUGCGCCCCACGAGUUACCGGUGGUGGUGGUCCUCCGGAAACGCCACGCCGUAUUCAGUAUCCAUCUCGAUGGUUACCGUGACAACCGCCGAUGACGGUCGAAGCGUGCAUUUUUGUGGGGAUCACCGUCGUAUCUCCAAUGGCAACACGAUCAGACUCGACCGGCUUACCACGGACCCGAACCAGUGCCUCUAUGCACCCAUACUGUCCGGCCAGUAAUGUCAACCAGAUGUUACCACGCUAUUGACUUGAAUACAAAUGAGUACAUGCUGUUAUUAAAAUAACUUCCGAUGGAUGUUUGAUGUGUACUCAAAGUCAUAAAUAAUUUAAUUUCGAUAAAGACACUAGGGAAAACCUCUGGUAAGUAAUAAUUUUUGCCGAUUUAAAAAAAAA